UUAUUUGACUUCACUGCUCUCCACAUUCAAAUCAAAUCAAUUAUGAAUUUCCCAAGUAACAAUGAUUUGAUAUCAACAACACACGAGUCAGCUUUUACAACUAAUUGUUUUCCUCCUUCCGUUAUUUCUGUUACAGACAGAGACAAAUUCAAACUAGUACUCUACUCUAGUACUCUUCCUUCAAUCCCACAAUUCUUCUCUGCAUAUAUAAUUCUCCUUUUACUGUAUUUUGAUUUCACAACUAGUAAAAGCCUGAAAGCUCUUUCUCCUAUUGCUUUAUCUCCCAAUGGAAAAGGUCCCUAUACUUGUUCUUGUUUCUGUUCUCCUUUUGGUGCCAACAGCAACUGCUGCUAGAACCCAAGAUGGAUCAGAGGACUGGGGCUAUGUUGAAGUCCGACCCAAAGCACACAUGUUCUGGUGGCUUUAUAGAAGUCCUAACAGAGUUGAGGAUCCCUCAAAGCCAUGGCCAAUUAUUCUCUGGCUCCAAGGUGGACCUGGAGCUUCAGGAGUUGGGAUUGGGAACUUUGAAGAGGUUGGGCCAUUGGACACCAAUUUGAAGCCAAGGAAUUCAACGUGGUUGCAAAAGGCAGAUCUUUUAUUUGUGGAUAACCCAGUUGGAACCGGAUUCAGUUUUGUGGAGGACAACGCUCUGUUUGUGAAAAAUGAUGUGGAGGCAGCCACUGAUUUGACAACAUUACUGAAAGAGCUAUUCAACAGAAAUGAGAGCCUCCAGAAGAGUCCUCUGUUCAUUGUGGCAGAGUCUUAUGGAGGCAAAUUUGCAGCGACUCUUGGACUUUCAGCUAUAAAAGCCAUUGAAGAAGGAACACUAAAGCUUAGACUUGGAGGUGUUGCAUUGGGAGACAGUUGGAUCUCCCCGGAAGAUUUUGUGCUUUCAUGGGGUCCUCUUCUCAAAGACGUUUCAAGGAUUGAUGAUGAUGGCUUGGAGAAAUCAAACAGUGUGGCUCAGCUGAUCAAGCAGCAGAUUAAGGAUGGGAAAUUAGAAGAUGCAACCAAUUCAUGGAGUCACCUUGAGAACCUCAUUAGCGCCGGGAGUAACAACGUGGAUUUCUAUAAUUUCCUAUUGGAUUCAGGAAUGGACCCAGUGUCGGUGUCUGUGACAACCACUGAACUAUCACAAAAAAAUUUUGCACUUAAGAGAUAUACAAGAUAUCUAAAUUCCUUGAGGCAGUCUUCAUUAGCACCAGGUGGUAAUGGAGAUCUUGACACUUUGUUGAAUGGUGUCAUUAAAAGGAAGCUUAAGAUUAUCCCAAACAAUGUGACUUGGGGAAUGCAGUCCGGCAAUGUGUUCGAAGCUAUGACCGGAGACUUCAUGAGACCCAGAAUUAAUGAGGUUGAUCAACUCCUUGCCAAAGGGGUCAACGUCACAAUAUACAAUGGGCAAGUUGAUCUUAUAUGCGCAACUAAGGGGACAGAAGCAUGGAUUGAAAAGCUCAAGUGGGAUGGACUCCAACAAUUUCUGAACAAGAAUAGAACCCCUCUCUACUGUGGAAGUGAUAAAAGUACAAGAGGAUUCACCAGGUCGUACAAAAACCUUCACUUCUAUUGGAUUCUUGGAGCAGGACACUUUGUACCUGUGGAUCAGCCCUGCAUUGCUUUGAAUAUGGUGGCUGAUAUUACACAGUCACCUGCUUCUGCUUCUGCUUCUGCUUCUGCUAGAAGCACAUGAUGAUAGACCAUGCAUUUUUUUUUUCACUACAUUACACAACGUAACAGAGGCUACGUGCUGUAGCAGCAGUUCUGCAAUAAGCAAACAAACAAAGAAAGAGGAAGAAGAAGGUACAGAGGACAGGUACAGAGUCAACAAGCAAAAGUAAUAACAACGUGUCGCACGCACAACAGGAGCAAUGAUACAAAAGGGGAAACGUAAAGCUAACCUGCAGAGUGCAGGCGAUAGGACAUAUUUUUAGUUUUUGGGGAUGAGAGUAUGGUGUUAUCAAUUUCAAAUAUAUUGGUAUAUGAUUAUUAAUUUGCUUGAUCUUUUUUCCUAAUAACAUCGAUCAGUUGUUUGGUUUUAUGAGAC